AGGAAUGUGGUAUGGCAAGUUAGACAUACAGUAUUAUUUCAUGUUGCUUUUCUUUUCUCAGGUGUUCACACAUUCCAGCUAAUGUAUGGCUGUCAGCUGGAUGAUGAUGGUAGUACUCGAGGAUACUACCAGUAUGGGUAUGAUGGAGAGGACUUCAUCAGUCUGGAUAAGAGCACCCUCACUUGGAAUGCUGCUAAUCCUCAAGCGGUCAUUACCAAGAUCAAAUGGGAGACUAAAGAAAGACAGUUUGGAGAAUACUGGAAGGGAUAUCUGGAGAACACAUGCAUUGAGUGGGUGCAGAAGUAUGUGGGUUAUGGCAAGAGCACUCUGGAGAGAAAGGUCUCUCCGCAGGUGUCUCUGCUGCAGAAGGAUCCCUCCUCUCCAGUCACUUGUCAUGCUACAGGCUUUUACCCUAGUGGAGUAACAAUCUCCUGGCAGAAAAACAAACAUGAUAAUGAUGAGGAUGUUGAUCUCGGUGAACUUAUUACCAAUGAGGAUGGAACCUUUCAGAAGACCAGCACCCUCAAUGUUAAACCUGAUGAGUGGAAGAAGAAUGUGUAUGAAUGUGUGGUGGAACACCAGGGCAAAACCAUCAGUAGCAUUUUGACAGAGGACAAGAUUAGAACUAACUACGGAUCAGGUUCUUCAGAUUCUGUUCCCAUUGGCCUCAUUGUUGGUGCUAUUGCUGCUGUCCUCCUGUUGGUGCUCAUUGGUGGUGUUGUGUUUAAGAUCUAUCAGAAAAAGAAAGGCUUCAAACCUGUCAAUGUCUCUGAUGAUGGUUCAAACAGCUCGGCACAUUCAGAUCCAAAAGCAUAGAGAUAUAUUUUGGGAGACCAGAUGCAAGAGAUGAAGUUAAAAUUGAUGCUUAUCCUGCUGGUUAUCUUGCUUACAACACAAAUACACACUUUCUCUCAAACACACAGGAUCAUAAAUUUCAGUGAUGGGAUUUAUCUAUAUUAUGGUUGUAUAUUAAUUAAAUUUGCAAAGUAAAGAUUAUGUUUCUUCACAUUUUAUGUUGAUCUUUUGUUUUUCAUUAAUUUUAUGAACUUGUUUUGACAUGUUGAUCUCAGAACUUUAAAUGUAAAAUGUAUGUAUUUCUCUUAGGGUGACAAAAAGAAACAAAUCAUUGAUUUGCAAGGUUGAUUGAUUUGUAGGAUUUGUGGUAUUGGUACUGACUAAGACUAAGAAAGAGAAACUUGUGAAAAUAAACACUAGAAAGUGUUUAUAUUCGGUAUAAGCACUCGAGUUUAUAUCUUAAUUUAAGAAGAUCAGUCUCUAGUCUUAUGUAAUGUUUCUAGAGAGACAAUUUCCAUGGGAGAUAGAAUAUGUAAUAAAUCAGGGAAUGCUAACAAGUCAUGGAAAACUAUUAAACUGUUUAUUUACUGCAAAACAUAAAAUAACAUUCAGUUAACUAUAAAACUGUCCAGACUGGCCUAUUCCAUCAGUAAAAUUAAACAACCAAUAUGUAGGCUUCAUAGUUUAUUCAUUGUAUGGGAUUAUUGAGUUUUUUCUGUUUGUAUACUUACUCUAUGUUUUGCUUGAUUUAGAUGAUAAGCUGUACUACAGAAUAAUAUUAAUUCUUGUAAUGUUUAAGACAAAAUGCUGUUAAAUCUUUACAUGAACAUUUGUAAAGUAAACUAUGUAUUUUCCAUUAUUUGAGGUUACUAAAUCUAAAUGAAGUUGUACAUGAAUGUUUUUUUGUAUAUUGGUUGCCUUCAACAACAUUGUAAUGUUAUUUUGAUUCUUCAAAUAAAUUUCACAAUAGGGA